AUGGCUGCCAUUGGGUCCAUGGUCUUCUGCACCGACUGCGGAAAUCUACUUCCGGCGACCAAGGGAACCGAGCAGAAUGUGUUGAGCUGCGAGUGCUGCAGCGCCGAGAACAAAGAUACCGGCGCCAAGAUCAUCGUGACACAGUCGAAGCCGUCGGAUUUUCCUUCUUUCCUGCGCCAGAAGCUCCAGUCCAGCGUCCAAGCCGUGGAGCGUCACACGCUCAACACCGAGAGCACCGUUCGCGAGCGAUGCCCCAACUGCGGCCGAGAAGAAGUCAAGUACACCACGGUGCAACUGCGAAGUGCCGACGAAGGAUCAACUGUCAUCUACAAUUGCGAGUGUGGUAACAGCUGGCACGAAAACAAUUAA